GCUUUAUUCUACUUGUAGUAACUUGUAGCCAAUUGCUAUCGAGUUCGUGGGAUUUGACAUAUUUAUAUUUUAUGGCGGUUCAAGAUUCGCAAUACGAAGUAAUAUCUUUUUACAGUCCUAUGUUUGUAAUUUACUAUUAUAAAACUGUCUAAUUUUGACGAAAAGGAACGUAACCGAGCCAGCAUGCCAGAACCUGUGAAUCACCAGGUGAAUGCCGCUCGUAAGACGUUCCAAACUCUGUACCAGAUUUCCAAAUUGCUGAAUACAAAUCUAGAUCCAACCACACUGAGCAUGUGCAUCAGGCUAUGUGAGAAUGGAGUAAAUCCACAUGCUCUUGCAGCUGUGGUAAAAGAACUUCAACGAGAAGUCAAAAUAAUAAACAACGCUCAGUUAGAGUCGACCAACAAGAAUGAUACAAAUAAAUAAGUACAGAAAAAUAAUUAUUAUCCUUCUCUCUUUGUGUAAUUACUUAUUUUAUGUUAACCAAUAAAUCU